GUCCUUUCGUUGUGAAAAAUUGAAAAAUAUGAAUGUCGAAUUGAAAGAGCUUUCAGAACCAUGUUCAACAACUACAAGGGUUUUGGUGCUCAUUUGCAGGAAGUUGCAAAAAAAAAUUUAUGUCCCUGAGUGUGAAUUCCAUGAAUGCACAUUUGAAUACCAAGUCACAUUCGAAUACCAAGUCACAUUUGUAUACCAAGUCACAUUUGAAUACCAAUUUAAGUCACUUUUGAAUGCCAACUUAACUUUAAAUGCCAACUUAACUUUGAAUGCCAACUUACCUUUGAAUGCCAACAAUGAAGUUACAAUGAAUAAAGUUAUAUUAAUUAAUGAAGUUACAUCAGUAAACAAAGUUAAGCAACUGAAUGAAGUUACAUCAUUAUAAUAAAAUAAAGUUACAUCAAUGAAUAAAGAUGCAUCAAUCAAUGAAUAAUUUCAUAUUAAUGAAUACAAAAUGUAUAACAAAAAAUCCCAAAAGUAUGACAGACAACAGU